AUGUCGAGCACGUUCCAACACCGAGACUACCACAUCCCGAUCACCCUCCCCCCUGGCCUCUCCCAAGAAAAGCUACUCAACUUCCACCCAUUCACCUCAUGGCUCUCAACCCUGCAAGCCUCCCUCUCCCUCCAAUCCACCAACCCGUCCCACCCAUUCCACCCCUCUCCGUACGCGCUGCACUCAAUCACAGUCCAGUCGUAUGACCUCUUCGGGGGCACAGACAACCCCCGCCUCGGCUUCGUGAAGCUCACGGCGGCCGUCUCCAAUGCCCAAGGCGAGACGCUCCCCGGUGCUGUCUUUCUCCGCGGCCCGUCCGUCGCGAUGCUGGUCAUGCUCAUACCCGACGACAUCGACCCCAACAGCAGCGAAAAGGACAAUGACGACGAGAGGUACGUGGUCAUGACAGUGCAGCCGCGCAUUGCGGCGGGAAGCCUGGAGUUUGUUGAGCUGCCUGCGGGCAUGGUGGACGAGGCCGGGGACUUUGUGGGCCAGGCGGCGAGGGAGAUCCGGGAGGAGCUUGGGGUGGAAAUACCGGGUUCGGAGCUGGUCUGUUUGAGCGAGAUGGCUGCGCGGGGAACGGAAGAGGGUGGUGAUGGGGGUGGUGGUAUUGGGAAAGGGGAUGGGAACUUGCCCAACGCGGUGUACCCCUCCCCUGGAGGCUGCGAUGAGUACAUUCCAAUUUAUAUGCACGAGCGCAGGGUCCCGAGGGAACAGUUGGGCGAGUGGACGGGCCGGCUGACAGGGCUGAGGGAGCAUGGUGAGAAGAUCACGUUGAAGCUGGUCAGGAUGAAGGACCUCUGGAGGGAGGGAGCCCGGGACGCGAAGAGUCUUGCUGCCUUGGCGCUGUGGGAAGGAUUGAGGAGGCAAGGCAAGCUUUGA